ACGGAAGCAGGUGUGACGUAAUCAGAAUUGCCAACUUGUUAAAACGAAGUUCACUUUAUUUCUCACUUUUUACAAAGGAAUUUGUCUUAAAGAAGUUACUGAACAAUGAAGUACAUACUCUUUAUAGCAGUGGCCUGUGUGGUCGGGAUCGGAUUGACCUUAGGACAAGAUACGAAUACCACCUCAACACAAGCUCCAACGAAGGAAACAACCACACCAAAUAAUGAAACAAGCCCAAAUACAACAACUAAUCCAAUGAAUACUACUGCUAAUCCGAUGAAUACUACUACUAAUCCAAAUACUACCACCCAAGCUCCUGGCCCAACUUCUACCAGUCCAGCGACAAAUACUACAAAUAGUACAGCUACUAUGAUCCCAACCACGGCCAACACAACUGCCAAUUUUACUACUGCUCCCAACACCACUGUAACUCCUACAAAUUCAUCUCCAGGGACUUCUACUGAUCCUAGUCCAACAGUAACCAGCUCUACAAAUCCGGAAACUACCACUCAGAAUAAUCCACCCCCUGCUCUAGGGCAACGGUUCGAUGCAGCAUCAUUCAUCGGAGGAAUUGUAUUAUGCGGUGGAGUUAUUGCAAUUAUUUUCUUUGGAUGUAAAUUCUGGAAGGCGCGACAAGAACGAAAUUAUCACACACUAUAAACUCUGAUGCCAUUUUGUCACAAAUAUGUAUCUCAAAAAUGCUAAGGUUUUCAAUAUUUUCGAUGAAACAGAUGAAAGAAUUGACACAAAAUUAAUUUUGAAAAAAAUGUUUCUUUUGCUCAAAAUGUAUUCAUGCUUGUAUGUACUACAUUAGAAUAAGAAUCUACUGCAUGUGGCAGUUUUUCGGAUAUUUGGAAAAUAGAAAAUGAUCAAUUACAUUCCAGUUAUCAUUUAGCGAAAAGAAAGGUUAAGUAAUCACAGAUACAUAAUCUGCAUUCCAAAUACAUUACUAGGGCUAUUUCAGAAAAGAAAGUUGUAUGCUGUUGAUGAAAAGAGUUUUAAACAGAGAUUUGAAAAUUGUAAUUGUAAAUAUUUCAAACAAGUGCCUUUAACACAUCAAUUUAGACAUUUAAGGGCUCAUGAAAUAUUUUCAUAAUUUGAUAAAACAUAUCAUUUAUUUAUAAAUUGAUGACAGUAAAAAUGCAGUUUUUCAUAUAUAAUACUAUGUCUCACAAUUUCAUCUACUUUAUGUAAAUGAAAUGUACAAAAUGUCCGUAUUUCAAGGUCUUACAUUUGCAUGUACUUGGAAAGUUUAAAGGCCCUAUGUAAUUGUUUUAUAUGUACAGUACAGUAUUCAUUGUAGGGAUUAGUUGGGAUUGUUGAAAAUUUUUAUUUUUUGUACAUGGGCACACAAAGAUGUAAGAAUAAUUUUAAGAUAGUCCCAUUUGAAUAUGAUUUUAGAUUGAUAUAUGUUUGUUUACUUCAUGUUCUAUAUUGUUUAUGUCUCGAAGGUUAACUAUAUUAUUGAUAAACAACAACAUACACUGUACAUUGUCCUAUAUACCAUAUAGUAAAACCUGUCUUAUUGGAACAUCACAUGUACAUUUUAGUCAAUGGUAGAAAAUGGGUGUCCUUAAAAUGCGGGGCUUCAUAUGUUUGGGGGGCCUGACAAGAAAUUCUUUCAAAAUCAUGCAG